AUGUCGCUGGACUAUCGACUGCGAGAAUCGACCGAACUGAAGGAAAUGGUGAUCGAUCUGCUCGAAGCCUUGAACUCCGCUCUCCAGGAAGGUCACAUUCCCGACUACUUGAUCGGAAGACUCGGUAAUGUGAACACUAGCCGUCGCCAGUUGAUGGAAUACUAUGAGAAGCAUCAUGACAAGAUCGCAGCCCCUGAAGUAUGGCAUGUACCAGCGACGGAAGAGCAUGAUACCCUUCCACAUUUGGGCGCACCGAGAGGCAUCCCAUCCGAUAAGAAACACGCCGGUAUCUUCGGGGACGAUACUGGCAACGCGGAAUUGCCUGGCAUUACGGCAGAGACCCAAACGAUGGUCACCCAGGCUCACGACAUCCAACUAGAUGCUGUUGACACUCAAUCGGAUGCAGGCUGUACGGAAACAUCCUUUGCCCUGGCAGAAUCGACGAUGGCCCAUUCACAACAAGUGUUCCGGAUUCGGGUACCGAGGAUCCCCAACCAGGGAAAGAGUGAAGGUGAACCGUUCCAGUGUCCAUGUUGUUUCGCAAUCAUAGCCGUUUCUAGACGUAUAUCCUGGACGAGGCACGUAUUCGAGGAUCUACGUCCUUAUGUGUGCACUUUCCAGAACUGCCACAGGGCAAAUCACCUUUUCGCCAGCCGACACGAAUGGUCACGCCAACAGGACAACACCAGUGUAUCAGACGGCGAAUCCAACCGUGAUUUCCGGGGAAGCAGCAAUUUGGAGUCCGAAGCGAAUAGAUCGCAUUCGGGCGAAGAGAAUGAACAGCUCGAAAGAUGCGAAAAUAUCCUGAGGGAAUUCCUCCAGAAGAAGCCUGGAUUGACCAAAGCCAAAUCCUUUUUCCCGGAUUAUAAUAUUGGCACAGAUACCAUCAAAAAAGCUGCCAAUAUGAUCGCCAAGCUAAUCGUACAAGGCUGUCGCCCGGGAAUGGCAGAGGAAUUUACGCUUUUAGUCCUGUACGAUCUGGUCAUUCUGGUUGACGACAGUGACUCAAUGCAGUCCGAAGAGGGUGGCAAGCGGAGGUGGAUCUUGCGCAAAACGUUUGAAGCAGUCUUAAGUGUGUACAGGCUUGCCCGGACGGAGAGAAUUGUGUCCAUCCGGUUUUUCAAUAAAAAGCAGGGACAAAAAAACGUCACCGAGGAGGGUCUUGACCGGAUAUUCGCGAAUCUGCAGUUCGGAGGUCUGAGAUAG